UGCAUCCUUUUUACUACACCAGUCCACCACCCAAGUCUCCAUGGCGUCUAUUUUGCUCUCUCCUGCCCUUCGACCCACUGCUAUCUGCCCUUCCACUACCUCGGAGUCGAACCGGUCCCUUCCAUCGAGACUCCAUUCGAUCCUUCCGAGGGGCCGACGUCGAGAAUUAGAGUCCCUCAAGGUCAGCGUCGCAACGGAGCCACGAAUCACCGUCCCAUUGCCGUCCGUUGAGACCCAACGCCGGGGCCAUGGGAAGCUCGCGGCUUGGACCAGCAUCCGGCAGGAGCGGUGGGAGGGGGAGCUGGUGGUAGACGGAGAGAUACCACUUUGGUUGAACGGUACCUACCUAAGGAACGGGCCCGGGCUAUGGAACAUAGAGGACUACGACUUCCGCCACCUCUUCGAUGGCUACGCCACCAUCGUCCGCCUCCGCUUCGACGACGGCCGGCUCCUCUUCGGGCACCGCCAAAUCGAGUCGGAGGCAUACAAAGCCGCCAUGAAGCACAAGCGCCUCUGCUAUCGCGAAUUCUCCGAAGCUCCCAAACCCGACAGCUUCCUCGCCUACGUCGGCGAGCUGGCUGGACUUUUCUCCGGCGCGUCCCUCACCGACAACGCCAACACCGGCGUCGUCAAGCUUGCCGACGGGCGAGUCGUCUGUCUCACCGAGACCAUCAAAGGCUCCAUCCAAAUCGAUCCCGACACGCUGGACACUGUCGGGAAGUUCGAGUACACCGACAAUUUGGGCGGUCUGAUCCACUCGGCGCAUCCCAUCGUGACCGACUCGGAGUUUUUGACCCUGCUGCCGGACUUGGUGAGGCCGGGGUACACGGUGGUGAGAAUGGCGCCGGGGACCAACGAGCGGAAGGUGAUCGGUAGGGUGAAUUGCCGGGGAAGCCCGGCGCCUGGGUGGGUGCACUCGUUUCCGGUGACCGAACACUACGUGGUGGUGCCGGAGAUGCCGCUAAGGUACUGUGCCCAAAAUCUUCUCAAGGCCGAGCCCACUCCACUAUACAAGUUCGAGUGGCACCCAGACUCCGGUAGCUACGUGCAUGUCAUGUGUAAAGCCAGUGGAAAAAUUGUGGCGAGUGUGGAGGUGCCACCUUUUGUUACGUUCCAUUUCAUCAAUGCAUAUGAGGAGCAGGACGAGGAUGGUAGGGUCACAGCCAUCAUCGCCGACUGCUGCGAGCACAACGCUGACCCAACGAUCCUCGACAAGCUUCGCCUUCAGAAUCUGAGGUCAUUCGCCGGCCAAGACGAGCUGCCGGAUGCUAGGGUGGGCCGUUUUCGGAUACCUUUGGAUGGAAGCCCAAUAGGUGAUCUGGAGGCAGCACUGGACCCAGAUGAGCACGGAAGGGGGAUGGACAUGUGCAGCAUCAACCCGGCCCAUCUGGGCAAGAAGUAUAGAUAUGCCUAUGCCUGUGGGGCCCAAAGGCCGUGCAACUUCCCCAACACCCUUACAAAGAUCGAUUUGGUGAAGAAGAAGGCUAAGAACUGGCACGACGAGGGCGCAGUGCCUUCAGAGCCCUUUUUUGUAGCCAAACCUGGAGCUACCGAGGAGGAUGACGGCGUGGUCAUAUCCAUCGUCAGCGCGGAUAACGGGGAAGGUUACGCGCUAGUCCUGGAUGGGUCCACCUUCGAGGAGAUCGCACGAGCCAGAUUCCCCUAUGGGCUUCCUUAUGGGCUUCACGGGUGCUGGGUUCCAAAAGAGGCUCUGUAAGGUGGUGUCGCCGAAGCACCACAUUGUAUAGCUUGUACCGGGCGGAAGCCCCGUCAUUUAGCUCGAAUAUGAGACGGGAAUAGGAAUCGACAAAUGUGUGCAAUAUUGCAUGGAGGGCCUUCGACUCGUGUACGUACGCUACUUCAAGAUGGUCGAGGGAUCACUUCUGUGGGGGAUUUGUUCGAACAACUUGAUUGUAAUACAUGCUCAAGCGUUGAUUGCUGUACUGUGUAUAACAUGUGUAAUCUCCAGAUGCAUGGGAUGAAGUAUAAGUACGUACUUAUUCUAUAUUUUUAUCAUAUGAAUUGCAAA